AUGCCAGCUGUAGUCCAGGGGCAGAUAGUGCCCCUUUUCCUGCCCCUGGACAGCGCCAGCAGUAGUUCUUGGGUGGAAAACGCCCUUUUCCAGCCCCUGGACAAUGCCAGCAGUAGUCCUGGGGCGGACAGCACCCUUUUCCUGCCCCUGAGCGGCACCAGCAGUAGUCCUGGGGCGGAUAGCGCCAUUCUCCUGCCCCUGGAAGGCGCCAGCAGUAGUCCUGGGGCGGAUAGCGCCCUUUUCCUGCCCCUGGAAGGCGCCAGCUGUAAUUUUGGGGCGGAUAGAGCCCUUUUAAUGCCCUUGGACGAUGCCAGCAGUAGUCCAGAGGCAGAUAGCACCCAUUUCCUACCCCUGGACAAUGCCAGCAGUAGUCCUGGGGCAGAUAGCGCCCUUUUCCUGCUCCUGGACGAUGCCAGCAGUAGCCCUGGGGCGGAUAGAGCUCUUUUCCUGUUCUUGGACGAUGCCACCAGUAGUCCUGGGGCGGAUAGCGCUCUUUUCCUGCCCCUGGAAUGCGCCAGGAGUAGUCCAGGGGCUGAUAGCGCCCUUUACCUGCCCCUGUACAAUGCCAGCAGUAGUCCUGGGGCAGAUAGCGCCCUUUUCCUGCACCUAGACUGCGCCAGCAAUAGUCCUGGGGCGGAUAGCGCCCUUUUCCUGUCCUUGAUCAAUGCCAGCAGUGGUUCUGGGGCGGAUAGCGCCCAUUUCCUUCCCCUGGAUAAUGCCAGCAGUAGUCCUGGAGUUUAUAUCGCCCUUUUCCUGCCCUGGACGGCGCCAGCAGUAGUGUUGGGGCGGAUAGCGCCCUUUUCCAGCCCUUGGACAAUGCCAGCAGUAGUCCUGGGGCGGAUAGCGCCCUACUCCUGCCCCUGGACGGCGCCAGCAGUAGUCCUGGGGCGGAUAGCGCCCUUUUCCAGCAAUUGGAUAAUGCCAGCAGUAGUCCUGGGGCGGAUAGCGCCCUACUUCUGCCCCUGGACUGCGACAGCAGUAAUCCUGGGGUGGAUAGAGCCCUUUUCCAGCACUUGGAUGACGCCAGCAGUGAUCCUGGGGCGGAUAGCGCCCCUUUUCCUGCCCCUGGACUGCGCCAGCAGUAGUCCUGGGGCAGAUAGCGCCCCUUUUCCUGCCCCUGGACGGCGCCAGCAGUAG